AUGAUACGGCAACGGCUGUCCUGCUCGAUUCCGAUUAGAUUUGCCAGCCAGAGGUCUAUUUUCAGAAGAUCCAAGCAUGAUACAAUCGAAAUAAAACAGAAUUACACAGAUGAAGACUUGAAGCUUAUCGUUGGCGCGCUGCCCUUGGAACAACGCCAAAAAAUGGAAAAAUUACUACGUGACAAGAGGCGUAACAGCGAGUUUAAAAUUCUGCUUGAGCCUCAAAAUCGUAAAGAGGUCCCACCAUGGAAAGGAUGUCGCAUUGUCUUCUUCCACAAUCUCGUUCCAUUCAUCGGCUUUGGAUUCUUCGAUAAUUUAUUGAUGAUCCUGGCUGGUGACUUGAUUGAAACGCAAAUUGGAGCUACGAUGCAUCUGUCAGUGAUGGCCUGCGCCGCCCUUGGAAACACAAUUUCCGACGUCUGCGGAAUCGGUCUCGCCGGCUAUGUGGAAGUUCUAGCGUUGCGAAUGGGCCUUCCUGUUCCGGACCUUUCCCAAGCUCAACUGAACCACACUAGAGCGCGCCUUUCAAAAGCGACCGGUCAAGCAAUGGGGAUCAUCAUCGGCUGUCUAAUUGGCAUGUUCCCCUUACUUUUUAUCAACAACUAG